CUCAGAACAACACUUCUACAAGCUCAAACAACCCUUUCUAAACACUCAACACAAAACUCAUUAGAAGUUUCUACCGCCUUCCACACUUCAAAAUGCAAUUCACCACUUCCACCAUUGUUGCUUUCUUGCCAUUCAUGGCCUCCUUUGCAGUCGCUGCUCCAUUGACCCUCGCCGCACGAUCAGACAUUCCAGAGCAGUGCCACUUUGUGAAUGGUGACGCCUCAUCCCGCGCUAUCGUCUGCGAGUACGCAACUGCGCCAGUCUUCGAUUCCAACUUUCCCGGUGCUUGCGUUACCGAUGCCGCAGGCGAUAUCACCUGCACUCUUCCUGAGGGAUCCAAGGACAUCAGCAUCAAUAAGCCCCUCGCUGUUCGUGCAGUUGAUGCCGAGGCGUACAGGCUCACGAUCUCCUGGAAGCGCGAUGAGAGUUCAGUCAAGGAGCGCUCAGUUGAGCAGGAGGCUUACAGGCUUACCAUCUCUUGGAAGCGGGAUGAGGCCGCCGUCAUGGCCCGUGCUGUUGAGCAGGAGGCGUACAGACUUACCAUCUCCUGGUAGAAGUGAUUCGUGGAUGGUCAAGACUCGGAGGAAGUCGGUUUUAGUUUUGCGUACGCACUUUUUUCUUAAGGAGGUUUCUAGGUGGAUUGCGAGCAGGAUUUGGUUGGGCUAGGAUUUCUUUGAGGCAGGGCAACAGGAGAUUUUGAGAGUCUUGACUAGGUGAUGAGCUAUUUGAAAA